GAAGAGAAAAAGUUUAAAAAGUCAAACUAGAACUCAGAGAAAGCAACCGGAAGAAGGAGAGAGAGAGAGUUUGUACUUUCUAGCCUAGCCUAGGGGACAAUCUUACAAUGUAUUGGUUGAAGAACAAAGAAUGGCUAAAAUGAGUUGCUUAUAAUUUUGUAGGUUUUACCCAGAAAAGAAAAAGAAAAAAGAAAAGAAAAAUGAUGGGAGUUGGAGUUGGAGUUGUACAGACACAACAGGCACACAGUCUGUCAACCAUGUGUUGCAGUUGCACAAACCGAUACCAAAACCAAAAGCAAAGUAAAGUAGUAAAAGUUGGUUUCUGUUUCUCUAGACAUUCAUCAACAAUUAUGUCCAGUGUUACCAAUGUUAGGAGUCGACCCAGAAGUAGGAGGAGGACCAGUUUUGCCACCAGAUCAUCAUCAUCCAAUGACUCUUCUUCAACCUCAACCCCAGAGUCAAAUGAAAAAGAAGAAGUGGAUAACAACAAUAAUAGAAAGGGCCCUGAUCUCAAAACGCUUGUGAGGAGAUUCUGGAAGGUGGCAGCCCCAUAUUGGUAUUGUGAAGAAGACAAAGUCCAAGCCAGAUGGCAGUUGGCGGCUGUGUUUGCUCUCACUCUAGCAACCACAGGCAUCAGUGUCGGCUUCAACUUCCUCGGCCGUGACUUCUACAAUGCUCUUGCCAACAAGGACCAAGAACAAUUCACGAAGCAACUUCUGUAUUACCUGGGUGCCUUUGCUGGUGGAAUUCCGUUUUUUGUAUUGAGAGAUUAUGCAAGAGACACUCUAGCUUUGAGAUGGAGGUCUUGGAUGACUAGAUAUUACAUGGAACGCUAUCUGAAGAAUCAGACAUUUUACAAAAUUCAAUCACAAUCAAUUAUUGACAACCCAGAUCAGCGGAUUGUUGAUGAUCUAAGUUCCUUCACUGGGACAGCCCUUUCUUUCUCUUUGAUACUAUUCAAUUCUGCUGUAGACUUGAUAUCAUUUAGUAACAUCUUGUAUGGCAUCUAUCCUCCACUGUUUAUCAUUCUUCUUGUGUAUUCGAUUGGUGGAACAGCUUUAAGUGUUUUUCUUGGAAAGGGUUUGGUGACUCUAAAUUUCUUGCAAGAGAAGAAAGAAGCAGAUUUUCGUUAUGGACUUGUACGCGUUAGAGAAAAUGCUGAAUCAAUUGCUUUUUAUGGUGGCGAAGAUAACGAAAUGCAACUUCUGCUGCAGCGCUUCAGAAGUGCUUUUGAAAAUUUGACUCAAUUGUUGAUAUCUUCUAGAAAUCUAGAUUUCUUCACCAAUGGCUAUCGUUACCUCAUUCAAAUUCUUCCUGCUGCUGUUGUUGCGCCCAUGUACUUUUCAGGAAAAAUUGAGUUUGGUGUCAUUAAUCAGUCAGUAUCUGCUUUCAAUCAUAUCCUUGGAGACUUCUCUCUCAUUGUUUACCAGUUUCAGUCUAUCAGCGCAUUUUCAGCUGUCAUUGAUCGACUAGGUGAAUUUGAUGACAUUUUAGAUAGCAGCAGCUCUAAAAGUCUUUCUGACCCCUCAGAAGAGAUAUGUCUUGUAUACAAUAGUGUUAGAAGUUCACCUGUACUGGAGUCUAAUGGAUCAAUGCCCAAAGACAAGUUACUGGAUAUAGAGAAUUUGACCCUACGGACUCCAAGCAAAGCUACACUGGUUAGAGACUUAUCAUUGGUGAUCAAUGAGAAGGAUCAUUUGCUGGUAACAGGGCCUAGCGGGAGUGGUAAGACUUCCUUGUUAAGAGCUUUGGCUGGUCUUUGGAGUACUGGAAGAGGAAGAGUCACAUUCUAUGUAGAUGAUGGGCAAUAUCCUCAGUCAUCAAUUUCUUCAGAUGGGGAUCUUCCUGAAGCAAAUACAAUACAUGAUACACAUGGGGAACUUAAAAGACACAUAAAUAGAAAUUCUAGAGGCAUAUUUUUCCUUCCUCAAAGACCGUAUAUGGUUUUGGGAACACUUCGUCAGCAAUUGCUUUAUCCUAUGUGGGCUGAAGAUGCAGUUGCCAACUCAGAUAGUGCUAAACCAACUGGUUUACUGCCUUUCUUGAUGCGUGCACAAAUCUCAGGAAAUGAAAUUGAGAAACCUAUUAAGCCCACAAACGAUGAUCUAAUACAGGCCUUAGAGGAUGUUCGUCUUGGCUAUAUAUUGCCUCGUUUUGGUAGUCUGGAUUCAACAUGUGAAUGGUCUAGUGUUCUUUCACUUGGAGAGCAGCAACGACUUGCUUUUGCACGUCUUUUGCUUUCAAAACCAAAAUUGGUUCUAUUGGAUGAAUCUACCAGUGCUUUAGAUGAAGCCAAUGAGGCUCAUUUAUACCAGCAGAUUGGAGCAGCAGGCAUCACAUAUAUUAGCAUUGGCCAUCGGCGAACUCUUUAUGACUACCACAACAGGAACUUACGUAUAUCCACAACAGACCCCAAUAAUAUGCAGCACAACUGGCACAUUGAAUUGAUUAAUCGUGACACUGUGUAUAAUAAAUUGAAGCUAUAAUUGUGGGUACGCAGCACAACUGGCACAUUGAAUUGAUUAAUCGUGACACAGUGUAUAAUAAAUUGAAGCUAUAAUUGUGGGCUUCCUGGAAAUUAUUCAGUGUUGUUUGCUGUCUUUUGUAAGGUGGCUUCAAUGCUCCAAAAUGGGAAGGAGAAUUCUAAAUUGAGAUUUGUACUUGAAAAUGGCAGUUGAAUUACCUGGUCAUAUACGUCCAUGCCUGUAUAUACUUAUAGCCACUAUGUUUUCAAGCAGUUAUUCAAAUUUUCCUCUUCCACUUUCAA